AUGGCUUCAACCUCAAAUUAUGACGUGUUUUUGAGCUUCAGGGGCAUAGACACUUACGAAGGCUUCACCAGCCAUCUAUAUCAUGCUUUGAAGCGCGGUAGUGUAAUGGCGUUUGCAGUUGAUAGAGAUCUUGAAGUUGGAACGACCGUUAGACCGAAACUGCUUAAAGCAAUCCAAAGGUCUAGGAUUUCUGUCAUCAUUGUUUCAGGGAAUUAUCCAUUUUCGGGUUGGUGUCUUGAUGAACUGGUUUGCAUCAUGGAAUUAUGGAAAAGGGAAGACAAACUGGUCUUGCCGAUAUUUUAUAAUGUCGAUCCAUCUGACGUCAGGAUACAGAAGGGUGAUUUUGUUGAUGCACUAGAGGAGCAUCAUCGUUCCAGUGGGAUAGAGCAAACAACAGUGCUUAAGUGGAGGGAGGCUCUCACUCAACUUGCCAGUAUAUGCGGCUGGCAUAUCAAAAAUGAGAGGGCCGAUGGAGACUUAAUUUUAGACAUUGUAAAGUCUAUCCAAAGUAAAGGACUUCCGACGAGGCUGAACAUUUCCAUCUAUCCGCUCAGAUAUGAUACGUGUGAUGAAUAUCUCAAAGUGUUCUUGCAAGCUGGAUCUCAGGAAGUUGUUAUAGUAGGGAUCUGCGGACCAGGCCAAAUGGGAAAGACAGCUAUGGGCAGAGUUAUGUAUGAUCAAAUUCUAUACAAUUUUGAUGGUGGCUGCUUCCUCGCAGAUGUUGGCAAAAGAUCAUAUCAACCCAACUAUCUGGUUCGUCUACAAGAAACACUUAUUUCUGACAUUAUUUCGGAGAGCAUUGUAAAAAUUUCAGAUACUAGAAUGGGAAUAGAUAUGAUUGCACAAAAUUUUUGCUCCAAAAGGGUUUUAGUUGUUCUGGACAACGUGGAUGAGUUGAGGCAAAUAUCUGCACUGGUUGGUGAUCGCAAGUUUUUCGGUCCAGGAAGUAAGAUCAUCAUAACAACUAGAGAUGUGCAAGUGCUGGAACUGUUUGGAGUGGAUCAGUUCAUUUUGGCUCAAGGCCGUCCACUACCAGAAAAUGUUGCAGCCAUCUGGGAGCCACAUCAGCGAAGUCGUUGCGUUGUUGCAGGACUAAAGGAGUACAUUGAGACCUUCAAUCAGCAGAGACGGGAGAAGUUAAGGUACCUUCAAGCAGUUUUGCUCCAAGAGCGCCAGAAAACUGCAACUCAGGUACUAUAUUUCUUAUGA